AUGCUCGCCAGUCCCCCGACGGUCCCAGCCAGCAGCACUUAUAUCCCCGCCGACCUCGCGCCCAUUCCCCUUCCAUCGUCGUUGCUUUCGGAACGCGUCCUUGCCCGCUCCCCCUACGCCCCUGCGCUCUCGUCCUCGCCCGCCUCGUCUCAGUCGGUCAACUUUGCCUCGCCAGAACACGCCUUCCAGUACGCAUCGUUAGAAAGGCAUCACACCCCAAUCACGUACAAGCAGGACUUUGGCAGCAGCCCGAUGCAGACGGCAUACCCCUCUUCCCCGCCCCAGGCGUACGGCAUUACUGGUGGACUGAUAGUGAGCGAGCCGGCGUCAAUGCUGCAAGACGAGCAGGGCGGCACGCUGCUACCCACCUUCCUCCCGCGAACAUCACGCCCUGCUGCCCGCCCGUUCUCGCCCAGCGCCCCCAGCCCCCCCUGGCCCCGUCGCGUGAUGAGCACGUCGGUGAUAGACCCCGCCGUGGAGGACGAUCAGCAUGUCCAUGGUGCGCCCGAGAGCGCGCGCCACGAGGCAAACACGCCCUCGCUGUCCCACUCCACUACUUCUACCUCGUCCGCCGCCACCCAUCCCCCCUCUUCCCACCCCCCGUACGGCUAUCCCCACUACACACCCCCAUACACCACCCCCUCCUACCCGGCAGACUACCCCUACCACGCCUCCCCCUGCGGCGCACCAGCCUACAACCAGCAGUACCCCCAGCCCUCCCCCUGGGCCAUGUCCUCCGCCGUCCAUCCCAUGGCCCACAGACAGCAGCCAGCCCAGUACCCCACCUGGGGCGCCGUCCCGCCCGCCACCACCAUGCCCUCCAAGCAGGACGAGCCCAUCCUCGGCCCCGGCGAGCUCCCGGCGCCCAGGCCACCCAUGUCGUACGCCGCCCUCAUCGGAGAGGCUCUCCUGCUCGCUGCCCCGCCCCACCAGCUGUAUGUGUCUGAAAUUUCAGACUCGAUCAAGAAGAGGUACCCAUAUUAUCGACAGAACCCCACCAAGAUCUACAACGGUGUGCGACACCAGACGUCCAUGUGCAAGGCUUUUGUAAAACUGCCCAGACCUUAUGGCUGCCAGAGUGCUUCCGCUCGCAAAUGGGGGAUUCGCGCUGGCUGUGAGUCCUGGUUCGCCGGCGGCGGUUACCACCCGCCCAACCAUGCCGCCACAACCAACAAGUCGGCCAAGGGCGGCAAGGCCAAGUCUACUGCCAGGAGCAAGCAGCUCGCCAUCGGUACCAACGGCGACCUCAAGAAGCUGCCUCCCGGCUUCCCCUCGCCCGACUCGUCUGAUGGGCCCUCGUCUGGUCCUGCGUACGACGGCUCCAGUGGUGCGGUGGCUCCAUACCAGCAGCCGUACGGUCAGCAGUUUUCUUCGCCCCAGACUACAUCCCAUCUGCCUCCUGGCUACCACUACGUCCCGGUCAACCCUGCCCCCGGUCACCCCCAGCCCUCGCAGCCCAUCUAUGUCCCCGUCUGGGGCCCUUACGCCGCACCCAACCCUCCACAGUACGCCCCUCAUGGGUACGAAGCAGGCUCCCAGAGUCCCGAGAUGUGGAGGAGGGGUACGGACGAGUCGGAGCGACACCACCCCCACCACGCGAGCAGCUACUACGAGCCCAAGGUCACGCACCAUGGAAGCAGCUAUGACGAGCCCAAGGCCAUGCCCCACAUUGCUGGUUCGCCCGCCGGGUCGCAAGACUCUUACCACGAGUCCAUGCACAGCUCGCAGCCCUCGCCAGAGGAGACGCUGUGA